AUGGCAAACGAGGUCCAGUUUGCUGUGACAACCUCCACUCAUAAUCCCACGCCACAGAAUGAACUCGCCAAAAAGACCUCCUGCGAUGCGUGCCGCCGGCGGAAGGUCAAAUGCGACAGAACCCAGCCAUGUAGUCAAUGCACAUCCUCGUUCUACGAUUGCACAUUCUCCGAGCCAGCCCGCAAGAAGCGGAAAACAGCAACUGACGAGAAGAUCGAAUUGCUCGAGGGCCGAAUACAGGCCAUGGAAGAAGCAUCAGCCCAGGCUGCUGCUCCAGACUUGCCUAAUACAUCAUCGUCGCCUGCACCGAGAGGCCUACCACAGGCGCAGACAGGCCAGCCCGGUGCAAAAAUCUAUCAUCCUACUGAGAAAGGAGACCUGGAGUUCACAGGCUAUUCGGCAGAUCGCACCUUCAUCGAAGGCUUCAAGCACAAACUGGGAGACUGGGCGCUCGACGCGACGCAUAAACGCGUCCCUGCUGUCUUUGCGGUCCCAGGUCUCUUCGACACAACCCGAGGACCACCGAUCGAUGUCGAGCUUCCACCCAAGCAUGUCGCUAGAAAGUUAGUUGACGCGGCUCUGGAUGCCCAAAUUCUCUUUGGCAUCAUCCACCGCCCGUCGUUCGAGAAUCUGUUCACCCUGGUCUACUCCCUUGAUCGGUCUCAUUACAGUAUAGAGGAAUGGCGGUUCCUGGCUCUUCUAUACGCCGUUUUGGCGUACGGCGGUCUGUUUGUUGACUCGGCUGAUGACCAGGAGAACGAUGUCCUUUCGAACUCGUCCCGCUACUAUGAGAAAAGCUUACAGCUGCAAAACAUUGCCGAUUGCAAAGACCUUGUCUCUCUCCAGGCCAUCUUUUUCAAGAUCCUCUACCUCCUCUUAACCACCCGAGUUUUCACUUGCUACACCUACGUGAGCGCCGCGCUAUCAGUGGCACUACGGAUGGGGCUCCAUCGAUUGGACUCCACAGCCCAUCAGGAUUUGAUCCAGCGGGAAACCGGCAAACGAAUAUUCUGGGCUCUUUGGACCCUCACCAAUGAAGUCGCUGCUACCUGUGGGCUUCCUGUGCUUCUCAGCAAUGAAGAGAUUAACCAAGAAACUCCAAUAGAGGUUAACGACUCUUAUAUUGAGGCGCGACAAAUCCUGCCGCAGCCAGAAGGAGAAUUCUGUCUCACGACCAUCGCAACUAUCUAUCGAAGACUCCACCAUGUUUUUCAAAAGGCGGGCAAGCAUAUUUACUCUGAGAAUCAGUCCACCCUGCUCCAGUCGGGGGGUGUAGGGAGCUAUCUAGUGGGCAUGAGUAAAUUAAAACGAAUUGAAGAACAGCUUCACCAAUGGGUUCGAGAGUUACCCGAUCAUCUCGUUCUAGGGAAUGGGUCCGACAACCCUGAACUCGCAGCAGCCCGAUUCACCCUAUGCAUAUUAUAUGCACACGCGCAGCUCUACAUAUACCGCCCCUUUCUGCGACAAUCCAUGAUGCACACAGGAAGCAUAGAUCAACCAGAUAGCACGAGCUCGAGAUGGCUCGCGACGAUAUGCAUACAGGCAUGCGAGAACAUCAUAAUCCUAUGCGAAGACAUGUUCAAACGAGGCUUACUAGGUGGUGGGAAUUGGUUUACGACGCGCGCAUUAUUCAGCUCGACUUUGACUCUCUUCUACGUCGCUCUAUCGUCCAGAGACCCCGGGCUUCUUCAGACACGAUCCAUUUGCACGCGUUUGGCACUGGGGAGAAAAAUCUCGGAUAGCCUUGCGAAGCGCAGCGGUCUUGCCCAUCGGUGGAAAGUCAUGAUGACUGUCAUGAUCGCAACACUCCCAAGCAGUGCUCGCCAUAUUCAAGAGAAGCUCCUCAGCUUAGACAACACGAUGUCGGACCUGAGUCGGUACAAAGACGAAUCUCAGGCGCCUGAUGAUACCUACACAGCCUCGUUGGGAAUGUCGGUAUUAAAUCUUUUAGGCAGCGACAGUUCAACCGCCGAUAAGGUCAAGUGGCUGGCGCCUCAUCAUCUCGAAGCCCUUGGUCUUGGAUGUUCUGAACAUGAAGAAUGUCGGUCUCCUUCGUGCAGGCUGGGUCUAGAUCUACAAGGAUUCAGUGAGGUCCCUCAACUUGAUAACAAUAGCACCGGGGACUAUUUUCUGGGGAGCAAUGAGCCCGUGAGUAUGCCGCUAGAGACAGGAGAAGUGGGAUUAGGGGAUCUUGACGAGUUUCUGGAUCUUCAGAACUGGUUAUAG